AAUGAAUGUCAAAACGACAUUCAACAUGCAAUGUUGUCAUUAUAAUAACAAUCAAAACAAUGGUUCUGAUGCUCAUGAUGAGUGUAAUGGUCGAUGUCGAAUCACCUCAACACAGCAGUUUUCAACCGCUGCUGCUGCCAUCAACAUCACCACGCAGAUGAUAAUGAAAAAGAUGAUAUAAUGAUAAUAGUGAUAAAUGCCAAAAACGACAAUAAUUCAACUUGGUCCUCUUCCUGUCGGUCCCCCUCCCCCCUCUGAAGGACCCAAUUACGACCCAAUUCAAUAUUCAUACCCGGGGGUUGGUAUUGAUGUUGCAAUUCGUAUUCGUGUGCGUGGGCCCUCCUCUUCUUAAUUGCAGAGGAGAGGAGAGGAGAGGAGGAGUCCAGAACGCGGCAGGACAGGUAACUAACUAAUACAGGUAACCACAUCGACCAAGGCUCCCUUCAAAGUGAUACGGGCAGGAAGAGGUUAGGUCGCAUUUGGCGAAGGAGUGUCGUUCACGGGAGGAGAACUGGAAGGGAAGAAAUAGGUUAGGUGUGAUCCAGAAACGCAAAAGAAGAAGAAGAAGAAGAAGAGGUAGAGAAGGGCAUGCGUCAUCCAGAAAAAACAGAGGAAGAAGUCUAAAGAAGAAAAAAAAACAGAAGUAGAAACAAGAGGAAGGUCAGGUGUAAUCCAGAAUAGCAAAGGAAGAAGAAGAAGAAGAAGAAGAAGAAGAAGAAGAAGAAGAAGAAGAAGAAGAAGAAGAGGGGGAAGUGUCAUUAUAAAAAGAGAAAAAAGGGAAGAAAUAAAGAAAGAGCUCCUCGAUGGGAGUUUUCAAAAAGUCGACACUGAUCUCUCUCCACCUCCUGAGGAUAUUUGGCUGCUUCCCCUACAGGUGGAGCUUUUCCCAGGGCGGGGGCAAACUGGACAUCUCCUUCUCGCUCUGCUGGGGCGCCUGGAGCGCCCUGGUCAUCACCGGCAUGUGUUCCCUCUCGAUCAAGAACAUCGUGUUCUCCCAGCUGGGUUCUCUCGGGUCCCAGAAGACGGUCGAGAUUCUCUCGGAGAUCAUCGCCACCAGUUACAACUCCAUGGUGACGAUCAUGUUCGUCUACCUGAACAUCAGGAGUCGCUGUCUGGCUCAGAUCCUCAGGGCCGUUUGUGACCUCAACAUCAGCAUCAAGAAAAACGUCCUGGGGGUCGACGAUGCUCUUUUGUUGGUCUCCUUCCUGGGGUUCCUCACGGGGAGCUUCUGCAGCUUGGCCUUCACGAUCGCUCACAGAAGCAAGGGAGAAGACGACAUAGGUCUGCUGGUGAUCAGCGCCGUCAGCAAGUGCGCCGAGAGAUUCUCGGACCUGGCCAUUUUCACGUUUCUGCUCGUCGCUUAUUUGCUCGUGAAGGUCGUCAGCAUCGAAAUGGAGAACACCGUCAGUUCCCUAGGUACGACCUGCUUAACCAAAGCGUGGCCGUUACGUCCGUGGACGACUGGAAAGGUCUCUGGAAUGGUUCCAGAGAAGGAACUGGAUCAUCCAGGCCUUUCAGUGACCAAGUUCAAGGUUCCAGAGGUUCCAGAGAAGGGACGGGAUCACCUAGGCCCCUCAGUGACCAAGUUCAACAUCUCAGGUGCCCCCGCAAGCCACCUGCUCCAAUUAGGAGACGUGGUGCAGAGCAUCACUCACUACAUAGGCUUACCAGUGGGUCUCCUGCUUCUGAACACCAUCUUUGCCACCACUGCUUUCCUCUACAAAGCCAUCACGUUCGGUUCUGUCUACUAUAUCAUGUACCUCGCCAUUCCGUUCUUCAGGAUGAUACUGAUCAUCCUCAUUCCUGAUCACCUGAUAAGGAAGGUAAGAUAG